AAUCAGGAAGCGGCUGCACCCCCUGAAACAAUGGCUCAGCCUUACGCCUCUGCCCAGUUUGCUCCUCCUCAAAACGGCAUCCCAGGAGACUACACCAGCCCCCAUCCUCACCCCACCCCCGACUACUCCGGGCAAACCACGGUUACAGAGCACACGUUAAAUCUGUACCCACCUGCUCAGACGCACUCCGAACCAAACACAAGUGACACAAAUGCACAAACUGUCUCAGGCACAGCCACCCAGACGGAUGAUGCAGCACAGACCGACGGUCAGCAACAGACACAAUCUUCUGAAAACACAGAGAACAAAUCACAGCCCAAACGGCUGCAUGUUUCAAAUAUUCCCUUCAGAUUUCGGGAUCCGGACCUCAGACAAAUGUUUGGGCAAUUUGGUAAAAUCUUAGAUGUUGAAAUUAUUUUUAAUGAGCGAGGCUCAAAGGGAUUUGGUUUCGUUACUUUCGAAAAUAGUGCUGAUGCGGAAAGGGCGAGGGAGAAAUUACACGGCACCGUGGUAGAGGGCCGUAAAAUCGAGGUAAAUAACGCAACAGCACGGGUUAUGACGAAUAAGAAGACAGUUAACCCUUACACAAACGGUUGGAAAUUAAAUCCAGUUGUUGGCGCAGUCUAUAGUCCAGAAUUCUAUGCAGACGAUUUUGGCCUCAGUUCCAUAUCAAUUGAAGAAGCAUACAGAUACAAAGAGAAAAGAUUCAACUUUAUUAAAUCUCAAGUUCUGUCUGGGGGGUAUGCAGCCUAUCGGUAUGCCCAACCUACUACCGCUACCGCCACUGCCUACAGUGAUAGUUACGGACGACUUUAUGCUGCAGACCCCUACCACCACACACUUGCUCCAGCAGCCACCUACGGCGUUGGUGCCAUGAAUGCUUUUACACCCCUGAGUGAUGCCAAGAACAGAAGCCAUGCUGACGAUGUCGGUCUCGUUCUUUCUUCAUUGCAGGCUAGUAUAUACCGAGGGGGAUACAGCCGUUUUGCUCCAUACUAAAUGACAAAAAAAAUAAAAAAUUAAAAAAAUUAAAAACCACAAUUCCUCCCCAAAUGGGAGGAGGGGACCCAAAUGGAAGCUUUCCGAGGCCUGGGGAUGGCAAUA